AUGGCGGACAACGACGCGCAGCAUGAACACACCUUCGAGUCCGCCGACGCUGGGGCUUCGGCCACCUACCCUAUGCAAUGUUCUGCCUUGAGGAAGAACGGUUUCGUUGUCAUCAAAGGUCGCCCAUGCAAGAUUGUCGAUAUGUCCACCUCCAAGACUGGCAAGCACGGUCACGCCAAGGUCCAUCUGGUCGCUCUUGAUAUCUUCACUGGCAAGAAGUUGGAAGAUCUGUCCCCUUCCACCCACAACAUGGACGUUCCCAACGUGACCCGCCGUGAAUACCAGCUGCUCGACAUUACCGAUGACGGUUUCUUGUCCCUCAUGUCCGAUGAUGGUUCCACCAAAGAUGAUGUCAAGAUGCCCGAGGGCGAAGUUGGUGACAAGAUUGAGAAACUCUUCCGUACUGACGAGAAGGAUACCAAUGUCAUCGUCUUGACCGCCAUGGGUGAGGAAGCUGCCAUCGAUGCCAAGGAGGCCCCGAAAUAA